AUUUCUCUUUUCAGUUUGCCGUCGUCUCUUAAGCCGCGAGUCUACCUCGUACCUGUACGCACGUUUAGUUCACGAGUUUCAUAACUAAAACUUGUUUUGUUUUUCUGUGCGUACUGUUCGCGAGUGCAGUUGAGUAACUAGUGUCCAGUGAUGAGCAUGUGAUACUGCGAUCAGCUGUUCGUUGCAACAAUGGUGUCAGCUGUUUUUUGCUGAUCGCCAGGUCCAGUGAGAGUGUAUGUAACUCUGUGCAGUAAAGUGAUCAUUGUGUGUGUGAUGUGACCAAGUGAUGUGGCAAGACAGUUUAGCGUAUGUGCCGGAGAAGAUAGGAGAUGUGCUCAACUAUUUGUUGCGACAGUGUCAUGCCGCCUACUGCUACAUAUGCCCGGCUCUCAGGAAAGCUCGACGGAAAGACAAAGAUGCAUCGUCGCUGUGUUCCGACGAGCCCAAGCUGUACUUGGAGGAGACAGUGUUGGAGAGGAAGUUGCCGGACAUUGACUUGCGAGUGUUGGUUGACCUGCCAGCUGGCCUGGACUACAACGAGUGGCUUGCGUCUCACACAAUUGCAUUCUUUGACCACAUAAACCUGGUUUACGGAACCAUCAGUGAGUUCUGUACGAUGUCCGGCUGCCCAGACAUGGCCGGCCCAGGACUUAGAACUUAUUUAUGGUUUGAUGAGAAGGGCAAGAAAACUAGAGUUGCUGCGCCGCAGUAUAUAGACUAUGUUAUGACGUUCACUCAAAAAACUAUCAGUGAUGAAUCAAUUUUCCCUACUAAGUACGCUAAUGAGUUCCCUUCUUCGUUUGAGUCAAUUGUCCGCAAGAUCCUUCGCCUUCUGUUCCAUGUGUUGGCACACCUGUAUCAUUGUCACUUUCGUGAGGUGGUACUACUGAACCUACAUGCCCACCUUAACUGUGUUUUUGCCCACCUUACGCUUUUCAAUGCCAGGUUUGAUCUGAUAGAGCCACGAGAGACAGAGAUCCUCAAUGACCUGGUGAUCGCUCUCAAGAUCCUGGAGCCUGACACGACGGAGCAAGUCCUCACCACCAACAUCAGCUCCGCUCCGAUCCUACCUGAGAACACGGCUCUGCUGUUGGCCAAUCAGGAAGUAAUGGCUCAGAUUGGCCACUAGUCACCACUGUAGCAAAGCUUUUUAAGGUUUUAUCAACUGUUUAUCCGCUGUUAAAUCCGGUUGUCAUUUAAUCCAAUGGAGUACGAUCCGAUGCUAGGUGUUGUAAGUUUAGGUAGUAGAUUUCAGAAUGUUUCUUUGCACUACUGAAUCAGUAGAUGAAACAGUUGAACAUCACUUUCCUCGAUAAUUUGUGUGAGAAUGCAAUACUUUGUAGAAAUCAAAUUUGAUGAAAUUGUGAUCAAUGAAUGUUUUAAAACUGAUUAAAUAGAGGAUUCCCCAAGCAAAAUAUUCUGAUUUCUACUACCUAUGAUUGCAAUAUUCAAAUUGUUUCUACUGAUCAAGAAGAUUGAGUGAUGUAGUAUUUUAUUUGUAAUUAGAAAAUUUUAAGUUAUUAAAGCUAUUUGGUUUUAUAUUACGAAUCAUUUCUUAGUUGUACAUUUAGUUAUCGUUUGCAAAUAGUAAUAGUAUCAAGCCAGUAAUCCAAAGCUAGAAGUGUAGAAUAAUUAAUUGUAAGUGUAGCAGCUACUGAGAUCACAAUUACAGUAUAAAAAGCGAUGAGAAACAGGUCCUAAUAGUAUUUGCUAAUCUAACCUCCUAAUUAUGCUAGGGUCUUAAUCUUGGGUUGUUCUAAUGAUUUAUAAUAAUUUGCCAGUUUGUGAAUUAUUUUCCUGCUACCAGUUGAUUGACGUGAUCGAUAAUAAGAUUUUAUUUAUUGUUCUUUGCACUUUAGCUUUAAUCACUUAUUUGUGCAGUAGUUGUGUUAUUCUAAUUUAUUAUUUUUGAAUAGUAAAUUGGCCCUUGUCGAAAAUCUUUGGAAAUUACAGUUAAACAUUUUCUUUGAAUAAGUUGAGAAAUUUUUUGUGUACAUGCGACGGAUUAGCCAAUUCUAUUUGAACAAACCUCUGAUGUUCCAACCUCUGAAAAGUGUCCAAAAGAUGUGACUUAGAAGAUAUUGGAAAUCCUUUAUCACUGUAAUCCAUAAUUGACAAUAAUUCAAAAGAUCUUUGCUUGACACAGAAUCCCAGCUGUUAUUAACAUGAUUUACUUUCUGCAGUACAACUUAGAUUCCCAAACUAGAUAUUACAUUAAAUUUUUACUUUUGGAAAUUUCAACUUUUUUACUAUUGUUUUAAAAUUUGUGCAAUGGUUACACCUAUUUCAUUAAAAUCCAGCAUUAAAUAGUAAGGCAUUUAAAAGAAUUUAGUUGAGAUUUAAAACAUUUCUGGAUACUCACAAACACUUAAACAAUUUUUGUCUGCAGUUUUAUUUUAUGGCUGUUUUAAAAGUUGCAUUGAGGUUGAUAAGGCUUUAAAGGUUAGCUGAAUGUUUUUAGCGAUGUGAUUAAAAGUUAUAUUGUUGACGAUUUUAUAUUUGUACAGUUAAGGCCAAACCACUUUACGCAAAGCUCUUUGGUGUAAAAAUUUAAUUAGGACCAGUUAAUCCGAAUUUGUAGGUUUUUCAAAAUGAUACAUCAAUCUAAUUUUAAGUCUUUUAUUGUUUAGAGCCUUUACAAUUAUUUCUUAAAUAGUUAACAACAUCAAACUACUGAUUUGUUUUUGCUUAAACAAACAGUAUUUGACUUAUAUGUAAACUUUUUCAAAUUGGUGUGCUAGUAGUUUUAAAACAUUUGCAAUUAUUUCCUAAACAGUUUUAACUUGUAAAAAGUAUUUUGUUGUUAAUGUAUGGACCAAAAAUUACAUAAACCAUUGUCUGGUACUGGUAUAGAGACAAAGUUGGUUUUAAUUUGCCUCUCUUGCUGGCAAUCUACAUGAAUGGAGCUUUAAAUGGAUUUUCCGUAUUAUUAUUAUUGUUAUAUUUUGGACAUUAAUUACCUAAUUUCUCUUCAAAUUUGUUUAUUUUGAAUUUUACACAGAGUUGUUUGUAAGCUUAGAGUGGACACUCGCUCGUAGGUUCCUUUUUCCUUACCUUACUCGCCUUAAUAUAAUAUACUAGCAGAAUUCAAUUUAUACUGGAUCUGGAUCAAGCUGAUUUUGAGUUAAAACAGAGACAGCCAAUUUACAUAAUUUGUAGUUCCUUUUCUCCUUUACAACCCUUAUCACAUCAUCAUUCACCAUCUCUAUUCUUUAUACCAAGAUACCAAAGAUUCAUGGGUGUCCACUUUAAACUGUCCCAUCGGUUAUUUUAUCACCUGUUUAGUUGAGGAGGCUAUGUUUAAAAUUGUACUUAAUGCUAGUGGACUGCGUGCCUACGUCGACGCCUUUUGCACGAAUACUGAUGUUAAAAUGUUAACUAUAAAUAGAUAGAUAUAUUAUUUAUAAUGAAUAGAAUAUAAAUAUAAUACUUGUUAUGGUAGUGUCACAGUAGUGGGGGUUUCUGUGUUUUAUUUUGAGCAUGCUAUUGCGAUACGCGAUUUUAAAGUUUAGUAAAGUAUUUUUACCACGUAUCAGAGGGUUGAGUGUUAAAUAUUUUUAUUGUUCUUCUCUCCCUCAGUGAUCGCUAUAGUUGUGCUUGAAACAACACACAGAUCAACAGGAUUCUGUGGUCCUCAAUUAGUCAAUUUCCAAACACCUGUAGUUCUUGAGCUGUUUUGAUCUUAGUUCCCAAUGGGCACAUGUGAUGGAAUGGUUGUUAUUCUUUUAUGCACUGACUGAUAGUGUGCAUUAUUUGUUUUUAACUUUGUUUGGAUCAUUACACGAUGUUGUUUGCAGUAUUGUUUUUAUGUAGUUGUGAUUUGUUUAACAGGUAAAUUGUUUUCCCGUACAUUCCAGCGUUUACAAUGUGUAUUUGGUUUAGAUGUUUUUGUUUUUUGAAUUUUACGUUUUUCCUAACAGUUUUAAUCUUGAUAAUCUUCUAAGCGCAGCGGCAAUUUUUUAUCUAAAUAUAACUUGGAACAAAAUUUGAUGCACUAAGGGAUAAUGUGUGCAUAUAAAUGUAAUCAUCAAGUGGUUUUGUUUUUGUAUUGAAAAAUAUUUUUUUCAUGAGCCAGUCGGAAUAGAUAUUUUGUAAAAAUAACACUUGUAUAAGUAACAGUCUAAUACUUGUAUAAGUAACAAGUAUUAGUGUUUUUUUUUUACUUUCCUGUAAAACUCUGUUCCCAAAUUUUAUAACAAUUUUGUACAAUAUUCAAGAGAGUAGAUGUGUGAGCCAUAACCCUAAAUCUUAAACUGUCAGAACAUAGUCGACCGAGUAUGUUGUCAUAUUUUCAGUAACACACACUUUUGGGAGCUCCUUCUAAAAUAAGUCUCUACUAUAUACUUUGUCGCUGGGCUUAAAAAAGGAUGUACUUAUCUUAAAAUUUGUUAUGAUGUUGACUGUAGUAAUAGUGUAUAUAUGUAUAGAUUAAUGGUGAAGUAGCAGCUGGUCGGCCAAACAAACAUCCACUGAAUCCAUUAUUAUAUAUUUUUUUAAUUCAUUGUAUUGUAUAUUAUUUUAAUGUAUUUACAUUUCAUUUGCACUGGCAUUUGUACUAUUCAUUACAGUUAUUGAAUUUAAUUUACAUGUUGAUUGUUUUGGUGUGGUCUAUCGUUUGUUUCACAUGGCUGGCCAGCUGUUUGUAACGGUUCGUGUUGAUGUACAUAUUGUACAAAAGUUUCGAGGUGUGAAUGUACAGCCGUAGCGCAUAUUUUUAUUGUAUUGUGAUUUUAGGUUUAAGAUUAAAUAUAUACCUGGUGACUAAGGGGUUCUGUUCUGUUCGUGAUAUUCUAAGUUUUGUCGUUACCAAACAUCUUAGCUUGUAGUUUAGAUCGUGGGGGGGCCUUUCAUGUCUUGCCGCUAACGUUCGCAUGCCGCCGCCGUUUUAAAUUUUGUUUUAGACUUAGUUUUAAUUUGUAACAAAUUAGCCUAGCUAGUUUAUUUCUUGACAGAGUUAACUUUUUAGUUAUUUUCAUUUAGUUUUAACCAUGGUAACAUUUACUAUUAAUUAUCUAACGUUUAGUUGUUGUUGAUGAAAUUCUCAGCACAGUCUGAAUAAUUUGGCACAAGUAAUUUUAGAGUACAAGAUAGGCUCUGUCUCACCUUAUAAUGUGUAAAUAGAAUUCAAUGCGAAGAAAUGAGCUAUUUUCCUGUUCAUCGAUAGAGUAUUAUUGAAAUAAAAUCAUGAUGGAUUAUUGUU